AUGUUUUCUGAAGACGCUAAUUUCAGUCACAUUUCGAACGGCACGGAUGAGGACUUGCUGUCUGCGUUAGAUGACGACUGGAGCGACACUCCGGCUGAGAAAAUGUCACGGACGGGACAUAAUGUGGUCGCUGUUAUUUUGGGAUCUAUUCUGGUAUUCGGGAUCCUGAACAAUUUCAUCGUUCUCGUUCUGUUUUGUAAAUUCAAGACCCUGCGGACUCCUGUGAACAUGCUUCUGCUCAACAUCAGUGUGAGUGACAUGCUCGUCUGUCUGUUCGGCACCACGCUCAGCUUCGCGGCCAGUAUCCGCGGUCAGUGGCUGGUGGGGAAGCACGGGUGCAUGUGGUACGGGUUUGUCAACUCAUGUUUUGGGAUUGUAUCAUUGAUCUCUCUGGCAAUCCUUUCGUAUGAUCGUUACAGUACUUUAACUGUUUACAACAAGAGGGCCCCAGACUACAGCAAACCCUUGUUGGCUGUCGGGGGCUCCUGGCUCUACUCACUGUUCUGGACAGUCCCCCCCUUACUGGGAUGGAGUAGCUAUGGACUGGAAGGGGCAGGAACCAGUUGUUCGGUUACAUGGACAGCUAACACCCCGCAGUCACAUUCCUAUAUCAUCUGUCUGUUCAUUUUCUGUUUGGGAAUCCCCGUGCUGGUCAUGGUGUAUUGUUACAGCCGGCUCCUCUGUGCUGUCAAACAGGUAGGGCGGAUCAGGAAGACAGCAGCACGACGGAGAGAGUACCACAUUUUAUUCAUGGUCAUCACAACAGUGGCGUGCUACCUUUUGUGCUGGAUGCCUUAUGGGGUUGUUGCGAUGAUGGCCACAUUUGGACGUCCGGGGAUCAUCACACCCAUUGCGAGCGUGGUGCCAUCCCUCCUUGCCAAAAGCAGCACAGUCAUCAACCCUGUUAUUUACAUCCUUAUGAACAAACAGUUUUACAGGUGUUUCGUCAUCCUGUUUCACUGCAAACGCAGCUCUCUAGAGAAUGGACAGUCAUCUAUGCCUUCAAGAACUACUGGUAUCCAGCUCAACCGAAGGGCUUAUAGCAACACAGUGGCUGGCAACGCAUCUCCAUCCAUUGGUCUCCAAAAUGAGUGCAGCACCCCUGUCUCAGACUGAGCCAAUCCACAAAAUAAAAAUCACACCUUGAUGUUCCAUUCAAAACCUACAUACUGUCCCAAAUGAUGCCAGAACAAAAAUCAACUGUGUAGUGUUGUUGAGUGCCUGUACUCUCAGAAAAAAAGUAUGAAAGCUGUCAUUGGGGUGAUACCUUUUUAAAAGGUACACUUUUGUACCUUUCAGGUACUAAUGUGUACCUUUAAGGUACCAACACGGACUCUUUAGGUACAAAGAUGUGCCUUUUGAAAAGGUACCAUCCCAGUAACAAAUUUUGUACCUUGUUUUCUGAGAGUGAAAUCAAAAGCUGAAAUCCAGAACUGUAGCAAAUAAAUCUCUAUAGUCAUCUUUGUGAUGAAAAACUGUUGUUUGACUUAACACACACCGUUUUCGGUAAGUGUUUGUAUCUAACUUGUCAAUAUAAAUGUUACAAAGAGUGAAAAAAGUGCAAAAAUCGACUGGUGACUUGUUAAAAUGGAUGUUUAGUGGUACAUUACUUCUGAAUGUGCUUCCCCCAUGUUGACUGUAUGUUCCCAACCCAUUUAAGGUUAGGCCUGAAAAAGAUGUUGAAUAAAUCUGUGAAUUUAAAGGAAGCUUGGAAGACUGGUAAAAUCCUCAACCCAUGACUGCUUUGUAUUAUUUUUCUUCCCUACUCUUAAUCUCUCCAUUAUUUUCUGGAGAUCAAGCAUGGUGACAUUUGGAUCAUUAGUCACAUCAUUGCUUCAAAGCUGUGUAGUGAUCUAAGACAGUUUUUCCAAACAUGGUCAUUUUAAAGGAAGAGUUUACUCAAAAAUUUAAAUUUGGACAUUUUCUCAUCCUUAAUAAUUUAACUAAUUUAAGUGUUUCAUUAAAAUGCGUGAAUUUAGCCCAGUGGCAGUAUUAGCAAAAAUGUGCAUGUGGUAAGCAAAUAAACAUCACAGUCUAGUAUUUGGCGAUGUACUGUCAUUGUAUCGAAUUCACCCAAACAAAUAUUUAUUGGAGGCUUCUCAAUCAGAAGGCUGUAGAAGCCAUAGAAGACUGAACUUGAAAGGAUGUAGCCUUAAUAGAACACAGCAGGGGUGACAUUUUUUUGCAGGCUUCGCUCUGGAAACAAGUUACAGUGUAGCAUUUUAGCUCUUCUGGUACCAUUGAAGUCAAUGUUUUUUUGUGUGUGUGUUUUUUUUUUAUUUAUUUUUUUAUGGGUGGUUAAAACAAGCUCAAGAUAUUUUGAAGUUGUACCCCUUUGUGAUCUUUUAAAAUCUUUUACUUGUUUUGAAAAGGGUAGUUGCUAAUAAGUGCCUAAAUUGGACUACAGAGGUUAUCGGGGACAAUAAAGCUCAUCAAGCAAAGGAGGUAAACUCAUCUACUCACUAUUCUUUCAGAGGCUCAACCUGUUUAUAAUCACGCUCUUGCAAACAGGUUUUUUUUUACUACAUAAAGACUGUAGGUGUUCAGUGCUCUAUGGUGGAGGUAUCGAAAUCUUCAACAACAACCAAAAAGGCUUCAAAAUGCAUACAAGUUUGUUCAUUAUCACAUAAAUAAAUAAACUUUGGUUGAACUUAGUUUUUGUAAUAAUUCAAAAUUAAAUAGAUCCUUCUGGGAUUUUGUUGAAGCAACCAAAAUAUUGAAAUAAAUAAAUGUGGGCCCACAAAAUUACACAGUCACUCCAGAACUCUUACUCUGAAGAAGUAAGUCAUAUAGUUUUGGAACAACAUGAGGGAUGGAGUAAAUGAAGUGUGGUUGAACUAUUUCUUUACGUCAAAGCCAUCAUGGUGGGUUAAAGGUACAAUCCACAAUCACUGACUAAAAACAAUGAAUAACAAUAAAAAAAAGAGAGAAAAAAGAAGAAGAGUGUUUCUACAUUGGUGGUUGUUGUCGUCUCUUAGUAGUACAGUAUAUAUUGGAUUGCACCUUUGCUAGCACAUAUGCUGUUUGAUAGGCUUAGGAAUGUUCAUUUUCUGUUUGAGAGCCAUCAACUUGUAUUACCAGCUCUGAUUCACACAGACCUUGAUUAUAUGUCAAUUGUACAAGAAAAUAAACCAACUACCCAAAUUAUACUAAUUAGCAUAAGUUUAAUUUGCUUGUUUGUCUCUUUUAGAUCUUGAAUUUUUAGUCAAACCUUCAUUCAUUAACAUUCAGCAAAGAAGCCACAAGGGAGACAACAAGAAAAAGUGUGUAUAUGUGUGUUUUCACACACAUUUAUUGGCUCUAUCCUGACUUGGGCACUCAGACACAGACAUCCAGUUACCCUUACGAUAAAUACAUUUAUUCAAGUGUGCUUUAAUAUACUUUUUAUGUACUUCUCAGAAAUGGGCUUUAUGUACCUCUCAGAAAUACACUUAAAAUGUAAUUUAAGUAUACCUGACUCAAACUUACAAAAAGUCGAAAUAUAUUUGUGUUAUACUUGUGCUUCUAGAAUCUGUGUUUUUAUUAUUAUACAGUAUAGGGCACUAGUACACAUCUUCUGCACAGAAUUUCCAAAAAAAAACCACAUGUAUUAUAACAUGAUCAACUGACAAUAAAGUAUACUCUACUACGUAUACUAAGUAUACUUAAAAAUACACUUGAACUUUACUUAAGUAUACUUAAUAAAAUAAACUUGCAGUAUACUACUUUUUGGUAAGGGUAGCCAUUGGCCUGUGGCAAGGUAAGUAUCCUCAAGAAAUGUAAUGGAGAGUUUGCUUUUUUCCACAUGAAGUCCCUGCCUGAUUGAAAUAAUCCCGUCAUGCCCCUGAAUCAAACUGAUAUUACCUAGUAACACAUUUCAGCAUUUGCACACACACGCACACACACAUCCUGCAGUCUUCAGUCAAAAAUAAAUUCAAGAGGAACAGUGAAUACAAACAGACAUGAUUAUCAUUUGUAAUUCAGCAGAUAUGCUGUAAAAGUAGGCAGAGAAACAUUUGAUCUUGCUUAAAUUAGGGUCGAAUAUGUGCGUCAACUGCACAGCAUGGCAAAUCUCUAAGAAAUUACAGUCACAACAUGUGGCACAGCAAUUUUCCUGAGUGCAAGGAUAAAAAAAAAAUGGAUAGA